UCCCACGGUGUCGCACAACAACAAACGACACCGAGGCAGCAGCUGGGAGAGGAGACAGACUGUUCAAAGAGAAGCAGAGAGAGAGAGAGAGACUGAGAGAGUGUUCCUUCCACAUCAGCGGAGGUUUUCUCCGCUACAUAGGAGCAGAACUGACCAAAUGGCUAAAAACCCGGAAGUGGAGCGCAUCGCCAAAAAGCUGGAUAAAAUGGUGCACAAGAAAGACACGGAUGGUGCUCUUGACCUGCUGAGGGAAUUAAAGAACAUCAAGAUGUCUUUGGAGACCCUGCAGUCAACCAGAGUUGGGAUGUCAGUGAAUGCGGUGAGGAAACAGAGUUCAGAUGAAGAAGUUCAGACUCUGGCCAAAACUCUCAUCAAGUCCUGGAAGAAACUCUUGGAUGACUCAGAGGGGAAGUCUGAGGAGAAGGAGAAGGAGAAGAAGAGAGAAGGCUCUCCUGUGAGGUCAACAUCUACUUCCAAGGAGUCUGGCAGCUGUGAGAAAAGUAAGAAGUCUGGUGAGACCCCCACCACCCCCACCAUUCCCACUCUUCCGUGUCAGAUGACCGUCUUCCCGCCUGUUCCUGUCACCACUGACAAUGUCAGGAACAAGUGCCGGGAGCUGCUGGUGGCUGCGCUGCAGACUGACGACGACCACAAGACCAUUGGGGCUGACUGUGAGCAUCUUGCAGCACAAAUUGAAGAACAGAUCUUCCAGGAGUUUAAGUCAACAGAUAUGAAAUAUAAAACGCGUCUACGAAGCCGCAUUUCCAACCUGAAGGACCAGAAGAAUCCUGAACUGCGGCGUAAUGUCCUGUGUGGAAACAUCUCACCUCAACGCAUCGCUUGUAUGACUGCUGAGGAGAUGGCGAGUGCAGAGCUAAAGCAGAUCAGAGAAGCUCUGACUAAAGAGUCCAUCAGAGAGCAUCAGCUGUCAAAGGUUGGAGGAACUGAGACAGACAUGUUCAUCUGCAACAAGUGUCACGGAAAGAACUGCACAUACACACAGGUGCAGACCCGCAGCGCUGAUGAGCCCAUGACCACCUUUGUCCUGUGUAACAGCUGCGGCAACCGAUGGAAGUUCUGUUGAAGAGGACAUGCAUGUUUUUCCAUCAUGAAGCAAAGUCACUAAAAUGAAUUGAAUUUGGAUUUAAAAAUGAAUUUAGUUUUUUCCUUUUUUAUAUACAUAGAUCUAAAACCUGUAAUAUAUUUGGAGAAGAUAUGCCAAUUCAUGUUGUCUGUUGAUUGAAUUUGUUUUGUAUAGAGCACAUAGAAUUUAUUUCAUAUCCUUUAAGCCAGAUUUAAAUCACAUUUAUGCCUUGUGGAAAAAGUGGAUGUGCCUUUAUUUGCCAUGUUAUGCUGCCACACAUUUUGCCCUUAACAUUUAUAUUAAAGUUGCUGUUGGAUUAAGA